GUCAGCCUCUGGCUUCACACAUAUUCACGACCACUCUCAAACAUCGUCAAGAAGUCUUGCGUCCCUUGCGACGCCGAUUUUGUUUCUUCUCAUUUUGCUUGCCAGUUGCCUGCGUCAUCAUUUACGUCAUCCCCGCUUUGCCUCACCUCAGCAUCAGCUACGACUUCUGCAUCCAUUCAACUUUCCUAGAUGAGUCCAACACCCUGAACACGCGCCUUUGCCCACCAUGUCGAGCCGCGUGGGGAGCGACAGUAGCAUGCUCGGCCUGGCGGGCAACUCCGUCUCCUUCCAGCGGCUCCUCGAGAGCAGCGCGCCAGGCUUCCGCUUCUUCCAGCGCUUCUUCCAGACCUGGCUGAACCUCGACCUUACCAGCCUCGCCCUCGCCCUCACCGUCUUUGGCGCCCUCUCGUCCGGCGCUCAGCACCUGCAGGGCAUCGCGCUGCGCAUCUCGGGCUGGAUCACCCGGUUCUUCACCGCCUCCAUCUCCAUCUCCGGCACCGACCGGCUCAAUCGCGAGGUGCUCAACUGGCUCGGCGCCAAUGUCCUCGCCCGCCAGCAGACCAGGAUCCUGACCGCGCAGUCGGAGGAUGUGAACGGCGACCACUACGCCUAUCGGCGGGCGUCGAUGCAGCGCAUCGACUUCUUCCACGAGAAGCGCGUGCCCAUCCAGUAUCUGCCUACGUUUGGCGUGACAUGGUUCUUCCACGAGCGCAAUCUCUUCUUUGUGCGGCGGGUGCCCGACUCGAGCGCGUCCCGCAGCAGCAGCUUCGGGAGCGAAAUGCCAGAUGAAUAUGCGGUGGCCCCAUCGGGCUACGAGCCGCUGGUCGUGAUGUGCCUCGGCCGGUCCGUGAACCCGGUCAAGCGGUUCCUCUCGACCUGCCGGGACUUUGCAGAGAAGCAGCGCGAGGCGUUCAUCACCGUCAGGGCGUCGCGCAACCAGCACUACAGGGAAGCCUGGGACACAACCAUCCUCCGGCCGAUGCGCCCGCUCGCGACGGUGCACUUUGACAAGACAGUCAAGGACGAGCUGGUGGCCGACAUUGAGAACUACCUGAAGGCAUCGACGCGGAGAUUCUACAUGGAGAGGGGCAUCCCCUACAGGCGUGGCUACCUCCUGCACGGCCCGCCCGGCACCGGCAAGACGUCGUUGUCGUUGGCACUCGCCGGCUAUUUUGGCCUCGAGCUGUACCUGCUGCACCUGCCCACGAUCAGAGAGGAUGGCGAUCUGGAGCGGCUCUUUGUCACGCUGCCGCCGCAGUGCAUCGUGCUGAUCGAGGACAUUGACGCAGUCGGCCUCAAGCGGCAGCAGAAGCAGGAUGACAACGACGACGGGGCCAGCAGGCCGUUGCUGUCGCCACGCGCGGGCCACUGCACGCUGUCCGGCCUGCUGAACGUCCUCGAUGGCGUCGCGUCCCAGGAGGGCCGCAUCGUCCUCAUGACGUCCAACUUUGCCGACAAGCUCGACGAGGCCCUGGUCCGGCCCGGCCGCAUCGACCGCAUGAUUUUCCUGGGCAACAUCAGCAAGGACGCCGCCAGGCUCAUGUUCCUGCGCAUGUACAUGCCCGACCACAGCGCGGACCUCGAGGCGGCGGCUGCAUCUACCGUCCAGGUCGACGAGGAGCAGCUGGCGGAGCUGGCUGCCGAGUUUGGCGAGAUCAUUCCUGAUCACACAUUCACUCCAGCACAGCUACAGGGUUACCUGCUCAAAUACCGCAACGCGCCCAUCGACGCGACCAAGGACCUUGCUGAGUGGAGUGAGAAGGAGAUGAUCCGCAUGGAGGAGGCGCGGGCGCGGGAAAAAGAGGCCGCUGAGCGGCGCGCCAAGAAGAAGGCCCAGGCUGGCUUGAGGAGGCUGAGGCUUGCGUUGGAGCACGGUGGUGGUGGCAUGGACAGUGAGGGCGAGGAUGGCGAUGGUCUCGAGAGGGGGGAAGUCGGGGAGGACAAGCAGCUAGGAGACGAUGCUCCAGACGUUACUGCGGAGGUUGUGGCAGAGGCAGCCGUAGAAGAACCGCCAAAGAGCACAGAGGCGGCUGUGUAGAUGUCUGUAGACCUCUACCAUUCACGAAUCAUAGACUAACGACUCUAGAGACUCUUCUUGGCAUGAGCUCCCUGACGCGCAAGGCCGCUCGGGUGGUCUGAAUGUCUAAACGAGAGCACGCGUAUCAUCGUAACAGCCAGUCAAAUAACAAAAUUAUUUCCCAUUACACACGC